CUCAGAUGGAGUCUUAGCGUUCUGUAUUAGUGGGUCUGACAGCAUCACAGACCUAAUUGCAUCAGGGGCCUGCAGAUUAUGAAUAGGACAGUAACCUACGAGGUCAGGAUAGCGACUGCUGAGUCUGAAACGAGACGGAGAGAGGGAAGGAUAAGGCUUGGAGGGGAUCGUACCACCACCACCACUCUGUAACGUAGCCCGUGGGUCUGUUAACUCCCAAGCCAUUCAGCCAUGUUCGGCAAGCUGAAGGGGCUGUUUCUUCCUCAAAUCCCGGCGGCUGCAGUCCCCGCAGCAGCCCCUGCUCCAGUCCAGGCUCCUGCAAAUGCACCUACACCUGCAUCGACACCUGCUAAGCAGGAGGAAACGCCAGCAGAUACAGGAAAUGGGACCAAGAAAGUGGAAAAACCUGCAGAGCCUAUCCCAGCCCCCGCCCCUGUAGACCCGCCCCCUGCCGCCGCCCCUGUAGAUCCAGUCCCCGCCCCGGUCACAACACCUGCGGUGGGUCCAGCUGCAGCCCCAGCCAAUCCUGGACAGGAAGCAGUAGAGGGAGAAGUUUCAUCUCCUCCAGUACCUCCUCCUGUAGUGUACAACAAGUAUUCUGAUGAUCAUCUCCGGGCCAUAGUGAAGCUAAUGAGGGAGAGAACAGAAAUAUACAAAGAAAAGAUUAUAGACCCACAUGCAUCCUCACCUGAAGUCAGCCCUCCAGUCACUCCUGUUUAUCGAAAACCGGAUUAUGAAAUAUUAAUUAAUGAGAGGAUGAAAAAAGAAGAGGAAGAUAGGAUAAAGAAAGAAGAGGAAGACUUAAAAAAGAAAGAGGCAGCUGAGAAGAAAAAGCAGGAAAUGGCAGAGAAGAAAGCUGCAGAGCAAAAAGCAAAAGAUGAGGCAAAAGCAUUGGAGCCUGUGGUCAAACCGAGUUUGGGACAAAUAAUGGCUACCUUCCUAGACAGGUUACUGAAACCUAUUGAAGAUCGAAUGGACUCAGUUCUGCCAUCCACUAUAGAUCCAUUUACAGAUCGUGCAUACAUUGUGUGGCUCAGUCUCGUAACUUUGGCCUUCAACUACAACACCUGGCUGAUGACGGCUCGCCUGUGUUUUCCCUACCACCCACCGGAGUGGAUCCCUUACUGGAUUGCUAUGGACCUUCUGGCAGACUUUAUCUAUCUCAUUGAUUCCAUCUUAUUCCAGCCCCGCAAGCAGUUUGUCAAAGGAGGGGACGUUAUAAAAGACAGGAUUUUGACUAAAGCAUUCUAUAGAGAAACUGAGAGAUUUAAGUUUGACAUAAUAGCAAUGGUGCCCACAGAUUUGCUAUGUUUACAAUUUGGAUAUAAAUCCAUCUUCAGAUUCAAUCGAAUUCUUAAGGCAGACACAUUUUUUGAGUUCAGUGAUCGUCUGGAGAGCCUCAUGAGCAAGGCUUACAUUUGGAGAGUCAUUCGCACCAUUGGCUACCUGCUCUUCAUGCUGCACCUGAACGCAUGUUUUUACUAUGUGGCAUCGCACUACCAGGGCAUCGGCAAGACUAAAUGGGUCUACACUGGCAAAGGAAAUGCGUACCUGCGUUGUUACUACUUUGCUGUCCGCAGCCUGAUCAACAUCGGGGGUCUUCCUGAGCCCCACACAGUCUUUGAGAUUACAUUUCAGCUGACAAACUUUUUCGUGGGUGUCUUCGUGUUCUCCAGUUUGAUUGGCCAGAUGAGAGAUGUCAUCGGCGCAGCCACCCAAGGCCAGACCUACUUCCGUACUUCCAUGGACAACACUGUGUAUUACAUGGUGUCAAACAAUAUCCCCAGAAUAUGUCAGAACAGAAUUCGCACCUGGUACAACUACACCUGGGAUGCCCAGGGCAUGCUGGAUGAGUCUGAGCUGCUGGAACAGAUGCCUCUGGUCAUGAGGACAGCCAUUGCGGUGGAUAUCAACCUGGCCACAUUCCAGAAAAUUGAACUGUUUAAGGGCUGUGAUAACCAGAUGUUGGUGGACAUGUUGCUGAGGCUUAAGUCUAUUAUAUAUCUACCUGGGGACUUUGUGGUGCAGAAGGGAGAUAUUGGUAAAGAGAUGUACAUUAUUAAGUCAGGAGCAGUGCAGGUGGUCGGGGGGCCAGAUAAUUCCAUUGUGUUCGUUACCUUAAAGGCUGGAUGCGUGUUUGGAGAGAUCAGUCUUUUGCAGUCGUCUAAAGAUGGCGGAAAUAGAAGGACUGCUAACGUCAAAGCUCACGGUUUUGCCAACCUGUUUGUCCUGGAAAAGAAAGACCUCUUUGAAAUCCUGGUCCACUACCCAUUGGCUCAAAAAGUGUUGGCCAGGAAAGGAAGGAAACUGAUGAAGGCCAAAGGUCCAGCGGCUGCUAAGGCUGUUGAAGAUAAAAAAAAAGGAAUGGCGCUGUUUGGACCCAAACCCCCCACUCCUAAGUUUCUGCGGGCCUUUGGGGGCCUGGGACGCAAAGGCUUUAUGGAUAAAAUGAAAAAUGCAGCUUCUAAUCAAAAUAAUUGAGGAUGACAAACUACUUCUGAUUACUUUGGGGAUUAUUUGUCAAUUCUGUCUUUUCACCCACAGCUGAAUAAACAGUUGUGUGAGUGCAGGACCAGAACAUUAUUUUCUGUCAUUUUCCUAUGAGGAAUAGUUCCCUCGCACCUAAUGUCCUUUAUUAUAUUGAAAUCUCUUAAGAAUAUGUAUUACUUUCUUAAAAAGAAAAUACAGGAACGCUACUGUGUAGUUGUUUUCCCUUUGUUAUUGUUUUUUCAACACAGUUCUCUUUUAUUUCGCCAGUCACAAAUUUUGUUUUGCCAAUACAAACAUAAUGUAGUUGGUGGUGAAAGUUACCAAUACACUGCCAAUCAAAGCAUUUAUUAUUCUGUCUAACAGGGCUUAAAGUCUAGGUACAAAACAAUUUUAUACCACUCCAUCUGUCUGCUAUACAAGAUAUAUAUUUACCUAAAUAAAUACAUUGUAAUUUCCUAA